AUGCCAUGCUCUGCGGUGGGGAGCCCGGCGGCGAAAUCACCUCCGGAGACGGCGGGGGGGGGAGAUCAGGACCGACAGGUGGAGGAGGAGACAAUGGCGGGGUUGACAGAGGGGGUGACUGCACAUCCGGGGCUUCCUCCGCCCUCAAAUACCCCAUCACCUCCCACGAGAUUGGGAUGCGCCUCCCGCCAAGAAACAGCUGUGGGUAUUCCAUUGGCGCCGGUGACGGAGCAGCCGAUGAGGAGGGCUGAGGCGGCGGCGGCUGCAGUGGAAGGGGGAAGCGUCGCAGCGGCGACGGCGACAGUGGGGGCCGCGGAGAACGUGGCUGCUGCCGCGGAGACGCCAGAGGCUGUUGCUGCUGCCGCGACUGCGGUUGAGGACGGGGCGGCUGUGGCGGCGGAGAUCGCAGCGGAGACUGUGACGGCACCAGGGCUGGCUGGCGGAACUGCUGCCGUCUUUGGCGGCGGCUCAACCUCACUCUCGGCCAACCACCAGGGGGCACAACCGCAGACACAGGAGCUGGGUCAGGCGGUGGAUCAGGAACAGACUGAGGUGGUGGCGUUGUCUGCGUCGCCGGCGCCGGUAACGGCGGCGGUGUUGGCGGCGGCGGUGACUGCUGCGACUGCGGCGGGAAGCAUGGCCGACGCCCCGGUCGAGGGGGGGGUACCGGUGGCCGCUGUGAGCGCCGGAACAUCUGCUGCUGCCGAGGGCGCAGACACGCAGGAGCGCGACCAGGCGGCGAGCGGAAGACGGGAUCACGGGACCGACGCCCCUGGGCGCGCCGCUCGCGGUAAGAGCGUGAGGAAGUUCCGCGCCCAGCCAGCGCCGAGGCGGCCCGGAGCAGGGCUGGGACCUGGAGCCCCGGGUCCCCUCCGGGGCUGGAGAUCGGUCUGGCGCGACAGACAAACUCACCGUGGAUCCCGGCGGGAAGAGCGCCACAGGCCGGACGGGGGGGGCGGAACGUCGAGGGCCGGAUCGGGGAAGGAGCGACGACUGGGGGGGCCCGAGGCGGAGGACGCGGGGCAAGAGGUGGAAGAAGGGGCGGGGGCGCAAUCGUCGGCGGAAGGGAGGCGCUUGUGA